GUCCCACCGCCCACUCGGUCGUGUCUAGUGGUAACCCUAGAUUAGCGAAACUCUCGCGAGCCCCUUUAAAAUAUUCUUGUUUCUAGGUUUUAUGAUGUGGAAAUGCUCAGGUUAAGGUCUGGUUAGGUUUAGGAACUUGGUAAGGGUUAGGUAAAGAUCAUGAUUUGGAUUAAAAUGAUCACUUGAACGUUGUGUGGGUUAAAGUUUGUCAUACUCCUUACAAAUCUCGCGAUAGUUUCACAAAUUUUAGCUAAUCUAGGGUUACCGUGUACACACGACAGUCCCACUCUCAGGUUAGCUAGAACAGGCGAUGGAGAUGGAGACAGACAACACCGGCAACAUGGGAGAAAAAGCAGACGUGGACAUGGCUGAAAACAUGGAAAUGGCUGAAAACCCGUUUGAACCUUACAUUGAAUCCCUUCGCCAGCAGCUGGAAGACCAAGACCCCGUUUUUCUGAUCGGAGUUAUCGUCUCUUUGGCGGUUGUUGUCAUCACCUUUGUUUUUCUGAAAUACUUCCUCACCAGCAAAACAGUCAGAAGUGCUGUGCUGCUGGUCGGGCUGUGUGACUCAGGGAAAACUCUUCUUUUCAGCCGGCUGCUGUCAGGAAAGUUCAAGCGGACACAGACCUCCAUCACUGACAGCAGUGCUCCAUACAAAGCCAAAAAUGACAGGGGCAGCACCUGGACUCUGAUAGACCUGCCAGGACAUGACAGUCUUCGUCCUCAGUAUUUGGAGAAGUUCAAAUCUGCAGCAAGAGCGAUUGUGUUUGUGGUGGACAGCGCUAUCUUCCAGAAGGAAGUGAGAGACGUGGCAGAGUUCCUGUAUGUCUUGUUGACAGACACCGUGAUCUCCAGGAAUAGUCCAAGUCUCCUGGUGGCAUGCAACAAACAAGAUAUCACCAUGGCAAAAUCAGCCAAACUGAUUCAGCAGCAGCUGGAAAAGGAAAUGAACACCUUGCGAGUGACGCGCUCAGCGGCCCUCAGCUCUCAGGAUGGCUCUGUGGGUGGCAGCGUGUAUCUGGGGAAGAAAGGCAAGGACUUCGAGUUCAGCCAGCUGCCCAUGAAGGUGGAGUUUCUGGAGUGCAGCGCCCGUGGCAACAAGGGUGAAGAGGGGGAUGCAGAUAUUGAGAGCCUGGAGAAAAGCCUGGCGAAACUGUAAAAUCAGCAACUCAACAUCCUCGGAGCAGAAUUUGCCUCAAGGGCACGGACCUCGGAUCGGAUGACCUCAGCAAUCAGAGGAGUUGGCAGAUGCAUCUCAGCUGGGAAUCUGUAACUUCAGCCUCUUAUUCCAAACAAACGAUCCCAUCUGUGUCGACUGUGGAAGAACAUUUGUAACAUAUUCAAUCAAAAACAAGCAAACAGACUAUGAAAGUAAUUGUGGACAUUAUAGAAAUGGAAAAUGAUGGUAAAGUUCCUGUGCAGUGCUCGGAAAUAACUGCACUUCUUACUGCGAACAUCAACCUUAAACUGCUUCAUUUGGCUUAAUUAGAAAAUGCAUAGCUGCAGGCCUUUUGGUAAACUAGAAAAUGUGUUGCUUAUAUUAGUAAUUUAAAGAAAAGUAUUAUAGGCUCUCAGAUUUUGAACUGUCUCACCUGCAGGCUGUUUUGUGAAACCAUUUAUUCAGUACAUGUGCCUUUUUUCUGAUAUUCUUAUAGAAAAUGUUUUGCUUGUUUGCAAAAAGAAUGGCGGUUUAUUUGUGUUGGAGUGUUGCGUGAAUACAAUGCAUUUGCAAUGAA